CGAGCAGCCAGCGCACGGGCACCGCACAGAGGCUGCAGACUGCAGGCCAAAACCAAGCUGAGCCCGUCCCUUGCAUCCCGCACCUGAGCCUGUCUCUGGUCUCCUGCACGGUGAGGCGACUGUUUCCGGCAUGCUGCUGCGGGGAAGCCAGGCGCUCCGACGCUUCUCCACCGGCCGGGUUUGUUUCAAAAACAAGCUGAAGUUGGCCCUUAUUGGCCAGAGCCUCUUUGGACAGGAAGUCUAUAGCCACCUCCGGAAGGAGGGCCACCGAGUAGUUGGGGUGUUCACAGUUCCAGACCAAGAUGGAAAAGCCGAUCCAUUGGCUUUGGCUGCAGAGAAAGAUGGAACCCCUGUAUUCAAGUUCCCUAGAUGGAGAGUCAAGGGCAAGCCUAUCAAAGAAGUGGUGGAGGCCUACAGAUCUGUGGGUGCCGAGCUAAAUGUACUUCCCUUCUGCACACAAUUCAUCCCCAUGGAUGUCAUUGACAGCCCAAGACAUGGCUCCAUCAUUUAUCACCCCUCCAUCCUGCCCAAGCAUAGAGGGGCUUCUGCCAUCAACUGGACUCUAAUUAUGGGAGAUAAGAAAGCCGGGUUUUCUGUUUUCUGGGCUGAUGAUGGUUUAGAUACAGGACCCAUCCUCCUUCAGAGAUCAUGUGACAUCGAACCCAAUGAUACGGUGGAUGCACUUUAUAAUCGAUUCCUCUUUCCUGAAGGAAUCAAGGCCAUGGUAGAAGCUGUCCAACUCAUAGCUGAUGGAAAAGCUCCUCGGAUACCCCAACCAGAGGAGGGGGCAACAUAUGAAGGUAUCCAGAAAAAGGAAAAUGCUGAGAUUUCUUGGGAUCAGUCUGCUGAAGUUUUACAUAACUGGAUUCGGGGUCAUGAUAAAGUACCUGGAGCCUGGACAGAGAUAAAUGGGCAGAGAGUUACGCUGUAUGGAUCAUCAUUGCUGAAGAGUUCUGUCCCCCCUGGGGAACCACUGGAAAUUCAAGGUGCCAAGAAGCCCGGUCUUGUUACCAAAGCUGGACUUGUUCUUUUUGGUAACGAUGGGAAAGCACUUAUGGUGAGAAAUCUACAGUUUGAAGAUGGAAAAAUGAUCCCAGCCUCUCAGUACUUUUCGGCAGGAGAAAUGUCCGCCGUAGAACUUACGGCUGAAGAAAUGAAGGUGGCAGAGACCAUCAAGGUAAUCUGGGCUGGGAUUCUAAGCAACGUCCCUAUUAUUGAAGAUUCCACAGACUUCUUUAAAUCUGGAGCAAGCUCAAUGGAUGUUGUGAGGCUGGUUGAAGAGAUCAGACAAAAGUGUGGUGGACUUCAGUUACAGAAUGAAGAUGUGUAUAUGGCCACUAUGUUUGGAGACUUCAUUCAGAAAGUUGUGAGGAAACUGAGAGGAGAAGAUCAGGAGGCAGAGCUGGUGGUGGAUUAUGUUUCAAAGGAGGUCAAUGAAAUGACAGUUAAAAUGCCAUACCAGUGUUUCAUAAAUGGGCAGUUCAUGGAUGCAGAUGACGGAAAGACUUACGACACUGUCAACCCAACAGAUGGAUCUACCAUCUGCAAAGUAUCGUAUGCAUCUCGGGUGGAUGUUGACAAAGCAGUAGCAGCAGCCAAGGAUGCCUUUGAAAGUGGAGAGUGGGGAAGAAUGAAUGCCCGAGAAAGAGGAAGACUGAUGUACAGACUUGCAGACCUUCUAGAAGAAAACCAGGAAGAGCUGGCCACCAUUGAAGCCCUGGACUCAGGGGCUGUCUAUACCUUGGCUCUCAAGACUCACAUCGGAAUGUCCGUGCAAACCUUCAGAUAUUUUGCUGGCUGGUGUGACAAAAUUCAGGGUUCUACAAUCCCAAUCAACCAGGCCCGUCCAAAUCGCAAUCUGACCUUCACCAAGAAGGAGCCCAUUGGUGUCUGCGCCAUUAUCAUCCCCUGGAACUACCCGCUGAUGAUGCUCGCUUGGAAGAGCGCUGCCUGUCUGGCUGCGGGCAACACCUUAGUUCUCAAGCCAGCACAGGUCACGCCCUUGACUGCUUUGAAGUUUGCAGAACUGUCUGUGAAAGCUGGCUUUCCAAAGGGGGUAAUCAACAUUAUUCCUGGCUCAGGGGGUGUAGCGGGACAGCGACUUUCUGAGCACCCUGAUAUCCGCAAACUUGGCUUCACCGGUUCCACCUCGAUCGGCAAACAAAUCAUGAAGAGCUGUGCGGUGAGCAACUUGAAGAAAGUUUCCCUUGAGCUUGGUGGCAAAUCUCCACUUAUAAUAUUCAAUGACUGUGAACUGGACAAGGCUGUGCGAAUGGGCAUGGGCGCAGUGUUUUUCAACAAAGGAGAGAACUGCAUUGCAGCUGGGAGGUUGUUUGUGGAAGAAUCCAUCCAUGAUGAAUUUGUGACAAAAGUGGUGGAAGAAAUUAAAAAGAUGAAAAUUGGUGAUCCACUUGACAGAUCUACUGAUCAUGGGCCCCAAAAUCAUAAGGCCCACUUGGAAAAACUCCUCCAGUACUGUGAAGCCGGAGUGAAGGAAGGGGCCACCUUGGUGUAUGGGGGAAGACAAGUUCAAAGGCCAGGCUUUUUUAUGGAACCUACUGUGUUCACAGAUGUGGAAGACCACAUGUACCUUGCCAAAGAGGAAUCCUUUGGGCCAAUUAUGGUCAUUUCUAAAUUCCCAAAUGGGGACAUCGAGAGAGUGUUGCAUCGAGCAAACAGCACAGAGUAUGGCCUGGCCUCGGGGGUUUUCACAAGAGACAUAAACAAAGCCAUGUACAUGAGUGAAAAGCUGGAAGCAGGGACUGUUUUUAUUAACACAUACAACAAGACGGACGUGGCUGCCCCGUUUGGUGGGGUGAAGCAAUCUGGCUUUGGAAAAGACUUGGGUGAAGAAGCUCUGAAUGAAUACCUCAAAACCAAGACCGUGACACUGGAGUAUUAGAGCAACACUACCACCAGAAACCCUCGGCAGACAACACAACUUCUCAACUCUCCAGAUGUGAAACAAGCUUGGAUGUUCUAAGGAAGGAUUUCUUUUUGGCCUUAAGCAAACAAACAAACAAAAAACCCAACCACACCCAGACCCCACCAAAGAGGGCCAAACACCUUGUCUGAGCCUUUGCUCCCGUGCCAGAAUACUUAUUUUCUAAAGCACCUUUUAUAUCAGAAAAUGAUUUUCCGUAGUUGGUUUUGACUGUUUUGUAUCAUCCACAUUUUUAAAAUAUCAAGGUGCUUAUUCCCUACCAACACUAAAAUGUUCGUGACCUAACAUUGUGAAAUGUCAGUUUCCUGCAGCUACUGCACAAGGUGCAUUGAUUACCACCUCUGUAUGCGGACAGGUUUUAACCAACCUCUGAACCAUACAUAUGGUUAUUAAAAAGAUUUUCUAGAACUUUGUUUUCAAGAAACAGUAUGUCUGAUAAAGAAUGUACAUGUAGUUAUUUUGGUUUUUGUCUUUGGAGUAGGAUAGAUCUUUGUGCCUUUGGUGUUGUUUUUUAACCCAUUAUGAUUAGGGAUCAGCCCAUGACCAUUUCUGAACAUCUACCUAAUGGUUACAGGUAUGAUAUUAUAUUAGGGGUAUAUAAAAAUUUAAUGACAUGGUCUUUGGACUCACAUAACUUAAAUUCUAGUAAAUAGCCUUGAAAGUGAAAUUUAUAAUGAGCUAGCGUAGAAAAUAGCCUUUCAUCACUGAUUUUGGUUUGUAUCACACUAUCCAUGUCAUGAUUUGGGGAUACUUAUGCAACAUCUCUGAGCCCUGCCUUCACUGCAUAAAAUAGGGCUAGCAAUGCAUUUCUCAGUCUUCAGUGCAGUAACACUGUAUGAAAAGUGCCUCACCUUGUAUUUUGAUCAUGGUAAAUAUUAAAAUUUUAACUCUUUUCUUCCAUUACUAUUUUUUAAAAUGUAUUGAGUUGGCUUAAUUAACUAGAGGUGUUAAUUCCUCACACCUGUUUCUGUAAUGAUCGGUUUUAGAUGGCUUUUCACAUGGUUGUAACAGGGUUCCUAAAAUGGCAGAAUACUGCAAAUGCCAAGCAAUACAAAAUGGCAAUGGCACUAGGAAAGGGGCCACUUUUUUUCUUUCUUUUCUUUUUGUCCUUCACAGCACAUCUUGCUUUCUAUUUCUUACCUAUAGGUUCUGCUGCUCUCUGGAUAUAUGAUGUUGACCAAGUUAGUUACCUAGUAUCUCUAAAGUCUAGCGUGGUAUCUAUAAAAUGGAAACAAACAAACAAAAAAUCCCCUCUCUCAUCGGGCAUUGCCAGGAUUUAAUGAGAAAAUGAACGUGAUGCACAUAACAAGGAGCAGAGUCAGCACUUGAGAAAUUACAACUGUCCUACCCCCUAUGGUGCUCACAGUUUCCAAUAAUAUGUAAAAAGGACUUCCAGAAUCACAGAAGCCCCCAGAAAAUGCCCAGAGCAACUGACAUCAAUCCUCCCUUUGAAGCAGAAUUUCAGUGAGCAUUCUGAGUUCUUUGGCUGUGAAGAAGCCCCCAAGGAGUACUUACUUUGGAGACUAGAUGAAGGGAACACAGAAUCAAUGAGCAGCAGCAACAAAAUUAAAACAAAAAACAAACCCUUUCAAAGGAA